AUGAUUGCAGCGCAAAUGUUACCAAAUUACCGUAGGGAGAGGGAAGCAACAGUUCAAGAAACGCUAGCAUUUUGCGCUGGAUUUAGGGAUAAGAGACGUGCGACUCGUAAGACUGCUAGAAAAAUAGGCCCGUUUGUAUCUAGUCCUGCAAUCUCCCAUAAAAGGCACGGAAUUUUUAGGAUAUGUAUCAUGAAAAGAAUGAUGAUUUUGAAGCUUAGUCAAUUCAAAAUUCAGGUACUCUAUGGGUCGGCGGACACGUUUCUCUUCCGAAGGACAGUUAAGGAAAUCUUUGACCAACUCACAUUAGAUUCUGUGUUGGAAUCUAUAGCAAAGCGAUCCAAGUUAUCUAAUCCAUUGAUUGGUAUUACACGUGGUUCCUUGCAAGUUGAUAAUCCUUUAAUUCGAUCAACAAAUUUCACCACGACGCGUGGAAUAAAUUUAGAUCGUCGUGGCAAUGACCACAUUAAAGCUUUGACAACUGAUAAUGUGGAGACAUCUGGAUAUGUAAAUGAUAAUUCGCGAAUUUUGGUAGCACGUGUUAUAUGCUUUUCAAAUGUUAUUUUUGCAAAAGAUCUUUUCAAAGUUUGUAAAAUGGUCGAAGAACUUGGCUUGGAUUUGGAUGAAGAAAUGCCGUUAUGCUUAGCAGUUGCCAAUCUUGCAAGCCAGCGUCACUGUACAUCAAACAGUUUGAAGAUGGCUUUUUUAGAAAUGAUCAAAGAUAUGUCAAAUUUAGAUUUCUGGAAUGGUGAGCAACAGGAUGCACAAGAAUUCCUUACAAACAUUUUGAAUAUGAUGCAAGAAGGAUGUGACAAAAUAUUGCGUGAACAGCACAAUAUUGAUUAUCAGCAGGAAAGAAAUAAAUGA